AUGAGCUUGAACGGAAACUGGAAAAAGACUUCUACCGAAGGAGAAGUUGAGUUUGGCAAGGCUAUCGGAUGGGGCGGCGCGUCUGAGGAGGAAUGGAAGGCUCAGUGUGCCGUCGCUGUCGAAGUCAGCUACAAAGUCGAAGGCGACAACAUCGAAUCUACUCGAACCUACGGCGGCGCAAAGUCCAUUACCAACAAGGGCGUUUUCAAUGUUGAGAGCGACUACAACUUCCUCGGACACGACAUGAAAGUGAAAAUUACCGGAAAGGAUGGCGACGUUGUCUUGGAAUCUGUUUCCGGCUGGGCUACCGUCACUGUUAAGGUCGACGGCGACAAGAUGGUCGAGAACGUCAAGCACAACGAAUCUGGUGCUACUCUUGUCAACACCUGGGCCCGAGCUUAG